CGUUUCGAGUACGUUAUUUUUUUUUUAUUUGACAUGGUGUUUCCAGUACGUUCAACGUUGUUUGUAUCUAGUCCUCUGCGAUUCCAAAAAGCGUCGACGAAACAUGUGGUGGUCUACGGGCAUUUAACCUUGCGGUCCAAAAUUCGACACUCGCACAAACACUCCACCACACCCCAUCCAAUUACUUCCCUUCCUCUCUCUCUCUAAAAACUAAAUUCUCCCAAACCCAGAACCCCUCACCUGAGGAGUCACCCAAAACUCAGGCGCCACCACCACCGUCCAUGGCGGCCGGAAUAUCCGUCUCACUCCGUUUAACCCGGUUCGAAUUUAUCGGCGCGAAACCCAACUCCAUUACCCUGCCCGCGUGCCUACUCUCCUUGCCGAUUCGCCGCGGUCGCGGCGACGCGGCGCUUCGAUUUGGUCGGAGGAAAACGACGACGGUUCGCUUUGUGGUGGACGAUAAGAUUAGCACCCAGGUUGGAAAUGGCGACGAGGGCGAGGGCGAGGAGGAAAUUGGGAAACAGAUCUUGGCCGGGCGCGUGGAGGUGAAGACGGCCAGGAAGAAAUCGGAGCGGUUCACUUACCUCGUCGCCGCCGUGAUGUCUAGUUUGGGGAUUACGUCCAUGGCCGUCAUGGCUGUUUAUUAUCGAUUUGCUUGGCAAAUGGAGGGUGGAGAGGUGCCCUUUUCGGAGAUGUUUGGCACGUUUGCUCUCUCUGUGGGCGCUGCUGUGGGUAUGGAGUUUUGGGCGAGAUGGGCUCACAAAGCGCUCUGGCACGCUUCGCUAUGGCACAUGCACGAGUCUCAUCAUAAACCCAGAGAAGGUCCCUUCGAGCUAAAUGAUAUAUUUGCAAUUAUAAACGCAGUUCCUGCCAUAGCCCUCCUCUCCUACGGUUUCUUCCACAAAGGCCUCGUUCCUGGCCUCUGUUUCGGAGCUGGUCUUGGAAUAACGGUGUUUGGGAUGGCCUACAUGUUCGUCCACGACGGUCUGGUGCACAAGAGGUUCGCCGUUGGUCCCAUCGCUAACGUGCCUUAUUUCAGAAGAGUUGCUGCGGCCCACCAGCUCCACCACUCAGAUAAGUUUGAAGGUGUCCCAUAUGGGCUGUUCUUGGGACCCAAGGAACUGGAGGAAGUGGGAGGGCUUGAGGAGCUGGAAAAGGAGAUUAAUAAGAGGAUUAAAUUGUCCAACUCGUCGUGAUUAAGCUCUUAACGCAACAGAUUUUGUUCAUCAGUGUAGAGAAACACUAGGGGCUGUUAUGGAGUGAUUCGACACUUCUUUUUUGGUACUAAUAUUGAAGGAAAUAGAAAGGAAGAAAAAAUAAAAAAUGGUAGUUCACUUGUA